CCCGGGGCUUGGGGGGCUGUUGGUGCGAGGCUCGGUGCCGGUCGUAUCGCGGUUCUCUCCGGCGCGGCCAUGUCUGACCCAGCGCAGCAGCCUGCUCCCGGCGCUCCCGAAGGAGGGGCUCCCGAAGGAGGAGCUCCCGAAGGGGCAGCCCCCGGCGGGGGUCCCCCCGGGGCUCCCCCCAACCUGACCAGCAAUCGCCGCCUGCAGCAGACGCAGGCCCAAGUGCAGGAGGUGGUUGAUAUAAUGUGUGUGAAUGUAGACAAGGUGCUGCAACGAGACGAGAAGCUGUCAGAGCUGGAUGACCGUGCAGAUGCACUUCAGGCUGGCGCCUCGGUGUUUGAAAGUAGUGCAGCAAAACUCAAAAGGAAGUACUGGUGGAAGAACUGCAAGAUGAUGAUCAUAAUGGGAGUGAUUGGUGCCCUUGUGGUGGUGGUGAUUGCACGUGAGUAUCAAAAACCUCAGGCUCAAAGGUGAGGAAGUGCCAGCUCUAGAGUACUUCAAGCUUUUCCUUUUUGUUUUGAGAUCUUGAGGGUCUUAGUUGUGUAAGUGUCAACUCCAGUCUUUGGGAAAGGGAGAUAGUAGUGCUGGAACUCCCUCGUUUAGUGUGGAAAUGAUAUGCUUUAUCUAGUAAUAUGAGUAAUGGGGGAUGCCAUCAUUCUAGAAAUGGGAAACAGAUCAGAUAAACCUGUAAGUAUGAGGGACAUUUACCCUGGAAUGGGUGGGUUGGCAGGUUCCUUCCCUGGUGGGUGAUUUGGAGUUCUGAGGGACCUUUGGUGUAACUUGCCCUUUUGUUCUUUCCUUUUUUCUUUUUCCUAUUGCUUUUUCUCCAGUCUACUUUUUUACUUAAAUGUAGCUCCUUCAGUCUGCAGCCUCCUGUCCCCUGUUAUCUUGCCUGUCUCUUCUUGCCUCUGAAUUUUUCCUUUCCUUCCCUUUCACCUAGCUUCUUCAUUGAUUUCUUUAUUGGUUUGAAUUUAUCUCCUGUAUAGGACUCUGAGCCACUUACUAAACAUAGGUAGACUUUUCAAUAGCUGCUGCAGCUUUAGGGAGUAUCCUCUAAGCUUAGAGGAAAGGGAAGCUGAGGAAAAGUGGGUAGCUAUUUGCUCCUGCACCUAUGCAGGGAAUUUUUUGUGUUUAUUUUUGGGUGUAAGCUUGUCAAAUAGUGCCUGUGUGAACUCUAGCAAAAUAAGAAUGCCUUAACACAGUGCCUUUUGGGAUGAAGGACUUCAGCACGUGAGAGUCUUUAGUGUUCUGCCUAAAAAGAGUGGCAGCAUGACUUGAGCUUUUCAUUGAGCUGCUGAAAUAAAAGCUAGUUUUGUGUUGGCCAGUGGCUGAGCCAUCUAAGCUGCACGUAGUGAUGUAGAUUUCUCUAGCCAUGGAGAGGUGAGCACUUGAAGAACUGAUUUAUUCUGCCUGUCCUUAUUUCCAGAUGACUUGCUGCCUGAACAUGGCCAUUUCAGAUUUUAUAAAGCAGGGCCUACAUGAUUACCUCAGUCAAGUGCAACAGGCUAAACACAGUUAAGUGAAAGGAGCAUUGCUACUAUCUAAAAGGCAUGUGUGGGAGUAAAGUCUCUCUCCACAAGGAACAAAUGAACAACAGUUAGUCCAGUGGGGAGUGUCAAAUCUGCUUUUCAUCUAUGCACACCCAAGCCAGGACCCUGUAGCUUCCUACUGUCUUGUACCUUUCCAGAAAGAAGACUUUGGAGUAGUGGCAGAAUUGGUGUUUUGCUUUUGUGUGACUGGGUUGAAUGUCAAGGAAACUCAGUACCAUAGCAUAUAGAAGUGAAGGGGAUUGGAGGUAUUCCAGAUGAGACUGAAUGAGCUGCACAGCUUUCUGAUUAAGACUAUCUGCUCUGUUUCUGCUGCCACAAAGCCCUAACUUUCAGCAGCAGCUAGAAAACACUUGAAAUGGUUAGCUGGGGAUUCAAAGGGAAAUGGUGCUCUGAGCGUGGAUAUUGCAAAGUGACAUGAGAUGUCCCAGUUUGGCAACUUACGUAUGAGAGAUCUUGCUGAUCAAACUGAAUCCUACUACUUGCUAUGGGUUCUCUUGAAUUUAGGUCCAGGGUGAUUUCUGAUGGAAGUAAACUUGUGGCUGUGGCUUUCUGUGAGCUAUUCCUUGUUCUUGUCUAUUGAAAGUAACGAGAGCUGUGAAUUGUUUGAAUGUGUUGUUAGACAUGGGUUAAAUGAGCUGCCCUGUUUCUGUAGUCUUCUGAGGAAUGUGUAUCUGACUUUUAACUUUUUUUUAACAAGCUGACCUGUAGCCUGUAAUCGAGACUGGAAAGAGGGUACUCCUUUAAUUUAGAAAGUUCUGCCUCUAUUCUAGAAUACACUGGGAUCUCUUUAGGCUUAAGAGGAGGCAGGGAGGACAUCACUGGAGUUCCCAGAUAGGAGCGAAUUACAAAAGAUGGGAGGAGCAGAUGCAUUUUGUUUCUUUGGAUGUGCUAGGGAAGUCCCUUCCUGCCUCCCAGGGCACCUGGCAAGGGGCUAAGUUUUGCAUGCUCACUUCCAUGCCCCAGCAUUUCAUUUGAGUUCAUCUCCCUGCAAUUCCAUUCCUCUCCACCUCGGGGGAGGGCAGAGACGAAGAUGUGGAGUGAAGCAGCCCUCGUCCCCUGAGCACUUCCCUAAUUCCCUGUGGAACUGAGAUGGGAUGGACGGUCAGAAGUGCAUCUACUGAAGAGGAGCCAGGGCCUGCUUGUGCUACUUACUGCUCUCAUUUUAGGGGGUAGGCUUACAAGCUUGAGGCCCCCAGACCAGCAAUUGUCUUGAACUCUUCUAAACAAGCCUUUGGUGACCCAUUCCUCCUGUCUCUCUGGCAGCUGAGGUCCCCCUAGGCUGUCUCUUUAAUUUCUUUCCCUUAGAUGUGUGCUGCCUCCUCCUGUUCUCCCUUUCCCUUCAUUUGUGUCUCUGUGCAAAACAAAUCACCAAGGCCCUCUUAGUAAAAGCAAGGGAUUAUGCUGCCCAUGGCACCACAGCCACCCAUGCACGUGCAGUUUAUUUACCUCCUCUAUAAACACAACUGUAAUCUCCUCUGGCAUGUUCUGAAAAUCAGCUCAUGUACUUUUAAUGGUCUCUAAGAAACACAGUUCACCACCUUACUGCGUCUGUCUGGUCUGUCAGUGAGUGGGAAGGGGUUGGGAUGCCAAACUCCCAGAUUUUUUUUUUUUGUGACUUCUGUAGUAUACACACACCUGAAGUUCUGUCCCUCAAAGCAGUGGCUGGUUUUCCAUUGUAAAAUGAUAGCAGUUCCAGUUAUGCUAGACUGACUCUGGUAAGUCUGUAACAAGAUGUGAGAACCAGCAGCUCUGGGAUAAGAGACUGCCCAAGCCAAAGUCUACUUUCAGCCACCAAUUCCAGCCACUAUCCUGUUCAGGGGACUGCCUUCUGUGCAUUAGAUUUAGAUUUCAAUAACCUCAGAUCCUUAAACUCAGAACAAUUCUUCAUUGGUGUUGGAAUAUAAGUUCAGGACCCAAAUGAAGACCUCCAAGAGUAGGAUGCUGAUCACAACAUAUCUUGGAGCAUGACUGGAAUAAAGGUUGGUGCCCCUUUAUUUACUUCACUGUACAUUUGAAACUCAUUAAAAGGAAAUGACAGAGCUUUGUCCAGUGCAGACUUCUUUUAAAAUUAGGUAAUUUUGUCCUUAUCUGCCCUUACUGCUACAAAAGCUGAGUUGUGAGUCUUCCCUGUGGCUUCUGGUUCCCUUAUGAUCAAUCACUGUCUGGCCUUCAACAUCACCAAAAUCACACCAGAGCAGUGAACACACCAGAACAACUCUCAAGGGUGAAUUUGGAGCAAGGUAGCUAGACUAAUUCUUCAAAGAUGGAAGCCUUCCUGGGAAAGGAGGGUGUCUGGACUGGCUGGUGGAUUAAAGCAGCAUGUACAUUCUGAAAUUCCACACAGUUCAGGCCUGCGCAACCUGAACGAACGAGUUGUGCUACAAUUGCUGCCAAGUUUUGUGUUGCCUUCCUGUCAGUUCUCAGCCUCAUUCAUGUAGGGGGAUAGGGAAGAUGUUUUCUUAGGACAGAUGACUCUUUAGACUGUUGAUGAUAGUGUCCAAGUCCCUAGCCAAAGCUGGGGAUUCAAUGCUCAUUUUCCAAAGCUGACAGCUGCCCUGGAGCACAAAGCUGGGGGUGAACAUACUGCUGAGAGUUGCCCCAGGGUUGAGCCCAGUUCAUGAGUAAUGUGCAUGUUUGCAAAGACUUGCAUGUCUAGCCAUAAAUCCUCUGGCAGGCAUUGAAAAUACCAUGUUCUACUGGAAGCUCUUCCGAGGUGCCAUCCUUUACUGCAUCAGCAUUACUGCUGCUCCUGCACUCUUUUAUCCCACAGGGUUUAAAAUGUGCUCCAAAAGCAAGGCCAAGGCUUUGGGAGAAUAGUUCUCUAUAUGUCCAAUUAAAAAUUCAAGCUCUGCCUUCAAACACAGGACUUUGAACUGGAGCAGAUUGCCCAGAGAAGCUGUGGGUGCCCCAUCUCUGGAAGUGUUCCAAGCUGGAUUGGAUGGGGCUUUGAGCAGCCUGGCCUAGUGGUAGGUGUCCCUGUCUGUGGCAGGGAGUGGGAGCUAAGUCUUUAAGGUCACUUCCAACCCAAACCGGUCUGUGCAACAUGCAGCUCCCAUAUCAACUGCUUCAUCCUGAUGUCUUCAGAUGUGGUGGAAGAAAACCCUCAACUGUACUGCUCCUAAAUGGGUAUACCCUAAACCUUCGUGUUUCUAGAUGCUUGAGGCAUUGCUCUAGCCUUUCCUGAGGUGUCUCUGCUGGUCAAAGCCAGGUGCAGGUUCUCAUCAGUGGUGUGGUUUGUUGUCUCAGCUGGAGAAUAACCAAAUGAUGGGGGGAAGACAGACUUUUUUUUUUUUUUUUUUUUUUUUUUUUCCUUCAGAGCUGGAAUGCAGCAUCAACACUUUUUUUAAUGAAGCUGGCUUCCUUAGGAAGUGACAGAGGUCCCUGCUCUGAUGUAUCCACAGGGACUGGAAGCCUUAACUUCGUGAAGAGAAGUAAUAAAGGGGAGGUUUUAUCUUUGUUCGGACCUCUAAACAAGUAAUUGCUCUGAGAGACAUAACAGAUAAAGAUACAGGUUUUACAAAUAGGCAACUCAGCCAUGUCUGUUGGAUACCUGAGCCUCCAUAUUCCUGAUAAUCUUUCACUUAUUUUUGGCCUCAGAGUGCAACACUUACUCAGAACACCCUUACUUGCUCCCCAGACUUCAGAUAUGAACAGCCUCAUAACAUCCUUCACAUCAGUGUACAGAUCCACUAAAUGAUUGCUGCAGAAGACAAAAUGACAUCUUUCCUCAGAGGCUUCUUUUCCAAAAGCUUUUGUACUAUUUUUUUAAAACAAAAUUUGCCAUAAAUUUAUGAAAAAAAAAAUAAUAAAGAUGAUAUGCUCUUAGUUCCUUGCUUUUAAGCAUGCACUUGGAAAUUGAAGGCACUUUCCCCUCUUGUGCUUACAAGCAGCCUUUAAAUAUUACAUGUUUUUAAAUACAAAGAACUGUGACUAAAUGUGGCUGUGCCUCUGGUAUGUUCCUGAUCUCUGUGGUUCUCUGUGUCCUUUCACCAGCAGCAAUACCGCCCUUUUCAUUUCUUGAUGUAGCCUGUAACCUCUUAGGUUUUAUUCAACCUUCCCCAAGAGCUUGGAAAAACUAUUGUUUUGGCAUCUGUUCCUAGUCCAAAAAGACACAACCUUCAGCUGUUCCCUGCAUGUUUUACAUGUCCUCAAACUAACUCAGCUAUGCCUCUAAUACACCUAUGACUACUGAACAUUUACAUCCCCUCAGCUUCCCCCUCUUGUACAAAUUCACCCCAGCUCAGACCUUUAAUUUGCCUUUUGCUGACCUGCAGAUCCCCAUAUAUGCACACUUUAUCCUUUCUACAAUUUUUCACAUUCUCAGUGAAACACUCCCAUUUUUGUGCUCUUACUCCAGCACUGCUGGCCAUGCCUUUUGUUUUCAGCCAGACCAAGCUCACUGUACAUCUGCUAAGCUUACUCAUUUGUGGUCUUGCCAUCCUACAAGAAAUGUAGGGAUUAUUUCUGGAGCAAGCACCUGAUUUCUCCCACAAUGGCAGUUUUUGCACUGAUUCACAGGACAGGGAGUGCUAACCUAUUUACCAACCUGUCAACUACUGCUUCAUGUUUGUACAGGCUUUUAACUGUGGAUUUACAGCUAUCCUGAAUGGUGCCAUUACUUGGAGUUCAUCAGUCAAAACCCUUUUUUUUUUUUUUUUUUUUUUUUUUUUCUGGCAUUUUAUCACUUCUAUGGAACAGAUAGAAUAUGGUUCAAGCUUCCCCCAGGGAAUACAUCACCACCUUCUGCAGCUGUAUUUCUUUAUGAUGAAGAGAACUUACUGUUUCAAGUAGUUAUGCCUCUGAUUAAUCUUGCCUUAAUCACCCACUUAACUAUGUGUGAUGCAGCAGGUCUCAUCAAUUUUAUGGUUAUUACAAGGUUAUUUAUGGUUCUGUGAUGUGAAGAAUCGUGUCUUACUCUCUGGAUAUUGAGGAAAGAUCAUGCUUACUGUAUGAAUCACUGUAUGUUUAUGGUAUACAAAGACUGUUUUAGGUGUUGCACCUGCUCUUUCUCCUUUCUUGAUUUGAAGGUGGCUUUGUGAAGCAAACAGCUUUGUGUCCAGUGUCAGGUUUUUACUCAUUCAUGUGCUGGAAAACACCCAAGGCAUCAGUCUGCAGUACUGAAUUUGUGACCAAGAACUUGGUGCAACAUCCUAGCUCCUCUGCCUGUCCUUUGUAUUUUGAUUGUGGCAAAAGUUACUUUCAGCAACUAAACCUAGCUUUUAGCUCUGCCUCUUGGGCAGUGUUUUUACAGAACAUGAAAGUACCUUCACAGAAGCAAUUUUGAGAUUUCAUUCAUUGCUCGCUCUUUUUUACUUCAUUUAAAAUCACACAGAAAAUGGAUUUUUUCAUGUUUGCAGAAGCUCUGAUUUUUUUCUAAUGGGGGCCCCCAAGGAGGAAUACAAGUUCCCACACCCCUAAGUGCUUGUUGCAGGCUUCUCCCUCCUGCUGGUCUGCACCCUUGCUGAAGGACACCCUCUGAGUUACUCACUUCUAUUCCUAGCAGAGAGACAUUACCUUCACUUUCAAACAAGUGUUAUCAGCUGAGCACUGGGAUCAAUUUGGUAAAACCAGGAAUAUUUGUGCAAUAGAGAACGUAGCAUUUAUAAGUGUAUUUGAAGAAGAAUAAAAUUACUCUCUGCUGGGAAUUGAAAAGUGCAUUUAGGUAAUCGAGGCAAGAGAAGUACAACCAGUAUGUGUUUAGCAUCUCAAAAGGAAAAAUCAGGCAACGGUUUAGGUGCUGCAGUAAACUCCUCUGACUUCCCAAGGAUAGUGCAUCUACCUUAAUUUUUAAAACAGCUUCAGUUUUUGUUAUGAUUAACUAGUUUUUAAAUUCAAAAGUGGUUGUUUGCAGUGAUUGGUUACAGGCUUCCACAGGUCUUUGCCUAAACUGCUUAAAUUUGGUAUCUCUGUUUGUUCUGUGAAGUGGAUAAUCCUGUUUUCUAAGGACAUCACCCUUGCUCUCUUGAUACCUCAUAAAGUGCAGAGCAAACACCAUUGCAGCAGAAGUCUGAGUAUUUGUAAGAAAAGAGUAUGGCAAGCUCACUGCAAGAAACAUAUUCUCUUAUGCAAAGGUCCCCAAGUUAGUUCCUGAGAAGAGGACCAUUUUUGCCCAUGUCAUCCAAUCAAAUAGGCUAAGGCUUUCCUUGGAAGCACUUCUGAUUAAAGCCUGCAGUAUUUCCUGUGCUUCCCUGAGGAAAAAGAGGCUCAGCAGAGUUUUUGUGGGUGGACCAGAUGAGGGCUGGGAGGAGCAAAACAGGCACUGCAUGACCUGUGCUGCUUCAAUCCUCUUGCAGGAUCCCAUGGAAGCAGAAGUUUGGGAUUUUUGGAGGGUGUGCAUAAUCCUGCCAAACUCUCUUUGUUUCCUUCAGGAAGAAAGCAGGGAGGGUCAAGCAAAUGUAGAGAUCGAUUUGUCCCAGAGCUGCUGGCAAACAAUCAAAUAGCUGGAUGUACACAUGUAUGGUGUAUCCCAAGGAAGAGGGGACACCAAAGAUCUACCAAUGCCACAAAGGGAGCUUGAAAAGGGAGCCUUUACUUUGCCAGGGGUGUUUUGUCCCAGACCUGGGAGUGGCAGCAAUCUUUGAGCACCUCUCCAGAGCAUUGUGCGUAAUACAGAUUGAGAUCAUGCCAGUGGCUCUUGUGUCAAGUAGCCUCUCCUUGGGGGGAGGAGAGGGUACGUGACACACUCUUGGGAUCAGAGCUAGACAUGAAGAAUGAGGAAAGAGCAAA